AUGGCUGGAGAUAUAGUUUAUGCUGAUUUAAACAUUGCUGGAGCCUCUUCAAGACCACCACAUCCAUCUCAGCACCUCAGUCUCCCUCAGUGCCCACAUUGGCAUCGGAUUGCUCUGGGAGUUGGAUGGGCUGGGAAUGUCAUCCUGGCGGGAGCUGUGAUUGUGCUGGGCGUCUGGGUAACCAAAGGAUCCCGCCUGGAGGAUUUCCCAUCUCAACUGAAACAAAUGCUUUGUGUUUCAUCACACAGCAACUCAACAGAGGGCGCCGAGUGCAAACUCUGCCCCAUGGAUUGGCUGUUGCAUAGAAGGAAGUGCUAUUGGGUCUCUAAAGAAUUUAAAAACUGGAAGAAGAGCUUUGAAGACUGCACAGUGAAGACGUCUCAAAUGCUCGUGAUCCAGGACCAGGACGAGAUGGAUUUCAUACGGAAUGUUACAAGUGGUGUAAAUCAUGUUUGGAUUGGACUUAAUUUUACCUCCCCUGAGAGGAACUGGAUGUGGGUGGAUGGCUCCCUGGUCAAUCAAACACUAUUCCCAAUAACCGGCCUUGCUGAACAGAACAGUUGUGGGGUGAUGAAGGAACAGAUUCGUUCUGAAAUCUGUGGUGGUGAAUUCAAAUGGGUUUGCCAGAAAGAAGCCUUUCAGAUAUAAACAGGGUCUUUAAGUAUAUGUAUUGAUGGAACUGAAGUCGAAAGCAUCCUCCAUGAUAAUUUGUAACGUGAUUAUUUUAAAUGGUUCUGUGUUUAAUCAUUUUAAUUCUCCGGGUCUGUAACUUUAGAAAUCAAUUUUCAAAACAGGGUCUAUUCUCUAUUUUUUGGUUUUAAGAGAAGCUGUUACGAAACCCUGAGAAGCCAGCAAUUUUCUGCUCAUCUUGAUCUUAAUCAUAUUUUCAGGCGUGAACAACUUUUUCAAAACCGAUAGCAGAGGCAGGUUGGGACACCCAAGUGCUGUUUUGGUUCGUUUGACAAACGUAAGUGUUUGAGAACUCUUGCACAUGGGCCAAAUAUUUAGAACUAGCCUCUAAAUCUGUGUGCCCAAAAUCUCCAAUUUCGUUCCUCAGGUCUCGUAGUUGUGUGUCCCGCUGACCAGUUUGGUGAACAAAUGCCAUUUAUUUACCCAAAUCUGAGAUUCUGUGCUACCGAAAAGAAAUUGGGUGGGCAAGUUUAGAGGGAAUAUUCUCUGAAAAUUUGGUCCCAAGGCUUUGAGGUACGAUGGAAUCCAUACAGAGUGAGAUUUUCAAAGGCAGGUAGGCACCCAAUUCUGAUUGAAAGUCAGUGUGCUUCGAAAAUCUCUUAGACCACAGUGUUCCUCUGGAUAUUAUGGGCAAAGUUUGCAACUUAGCCUUUAAGAUGCUCUGGAAGGGGUGGGGUGGGAAUCCAUCCCCACCUUUUUCUUUAAUUUGCUUCUCCACGAUGAAGGCC